CUAAGAGCGGCGCGCAGCCUGCGAAGAGCUGCUCCUGCGCCGGGUGGCGGUGCGGAGCGAGGCAGCGCGGAAGCUGGCGCGCGGGCCAUGGCUGCCUGGGCGGGGGCCGAGCUCUCCGCGCUGACCCCGCUGCGCGCUCUGUGGCUCACGCUGGCCGCCGCCUUCCUGCUAACGCUGCUGCUGCAGCUCGUGCCGCCUGGCCUGCUCCCCAGCUGCGCGCUCUUCCAGGACCUGAUCCGCUAUGGAAAAACCAAGAGUAGGGCGUCACUGCGCCCGGCCGUCUGCUUGAGCUUUGAUGUCCCCAAGAGAUAUUUUUCUCACUUCUAUAUGGUCUCAGUGCUGUGGAAUGGCUUCCUGAUUUGGUGCCUUACUCAGUCUCUGUUUAUGGGAGUGCCUUUUCCAUAUUGGCUUCAUGCUUUACUCAGAAUUCUUGGGACUGUACAAUUCCGAGGGGGUGAGCUGGCACUGUCUGCAUUCUUGGUAUUAGUGUUUCUAUGGCUACACAGCUUGCGAAGGCUCUUCGAGUGCUUCUAUGUCAGUGUCUUCUCCAGUGCCGUGAUUCACAUCGUACAGUACUGUUUUGGACUUGUCUACUAUGUCCUCGUCGGCCUAACUGUGCUGAGCCAAGUGCCAAUGGAUGGCAGGAAUGUCUAUGUGAUAGGGAAAAAUCUCUUGAUGCAAGCUCGAUGGUUCCAUAUCCUCGGAAUGAUGAUGUUCAUCUGGUCAUCUGUCCAUCAGUAUAAGUGCCACGUCAUUCUUGGCAAUCUCAGAAAAAACAAAGCAGGAGUGAUCAUUCACUGUAACCACCGGAUCCCUUUCGGAGACUGGUUUGAAUAUGUUUCUUCCCCUAACUACUUAGCAGAGCUGAUGAUCUACAUUUCCAUGGCUGUCACCUUUGGAUUCCACAACUUAACCUGGUGGCUAGUGGUGACAUAUGUCUUCUUCAGCCAGGCCCUGUGUGCUUUCCUCAGCCACAGAUUUUACCAAAGCAAAUUUGUCUCCUACCCAAAGCAUAGGAAAGCUUUCCUACCAUUUCUGUUUUAAGAUAACCUCAGUCCUAAAGAAUUCAAGCCAGGAGACAGGUUCAAUUCCUAAGGACAGUGAAGUCUAGAGACCAAAUUGCAGUUUCUGCAGAACUGUUUGAAACUCUCUGUUCCAUUUUUAUACCCAAAAGUCUUCACUGAAUGAGCAAAGCAGUACCCCUCAAGAAAAUGAAUCUUCAAAGACAAACUACUUCUGGAAGACCUGGGAGUGCUGUGUCUGAUUUCUGAGAUGGUUAUAAAACCAACCAACUGCUAAAAAGUAAAUGAGGCUUCUCCAAGCUGGUUCAAAAGCAUACUAACCAAGAAUGUGCAAACAUCUUCAAACAAGGACACAUAUACACAAAGGAAGAGAUAAGAUCAUCUGUGACUGAUGGGAUUGGGCUUAUUCAGGGUGGUAUGGCCAUAGCACCUGAGUUUAACUAAUAGAAUGAAUCCGAAGCUAUUUAGGAAUAAAGUUUAUGCUUAAAAUAGCUUAUGUUAAAGAAAAUAGCCAUGAUUAAAUUAAAAUAUAUGCAUGAUGUGAAAUAAGAACAAAAACUUGAAAAAUAAUACUAAGCCUGAGCAAUGCAGUAAAACUGCAUAUUCAUGCGACAUAAGAUUUUACUGGCCUUUUGACUGAGGUAUUUAUUCCUGUUAUGCGGAUGUCAUAGUCUAGGUACUAAAAUUUUGCACUAAUAUGUAUCUUGCUGUGGAGGAAAGAAACUCAUUAUUAACUAGACACAUAUCAAACACACAGUCUAAGAAUAUCCUCUGCUCCCUCACCCAUGAAACAGUAAAUCAAAACUGGUAAACUGAAAUUCUUUCUAAUCUAACUUUUAAUAUAUGCAUGUCAAAAUGUAUUCUAAAGUUUUUUAAAUAAUUCUAUAGCAUUUCCCCUCCCGUCAAUCAAAUACUUCAAUCAGUUGCUCAGUCUAUUCAGAUAAAUGACUUAUUUAUUUCAUUUAUCAUUUAGAUUUGCCAUCAUCAGGACCAGGACUCGGGAACCAAACUUUCUACACUGGAAAUGUAAAGCAUGUUGCAGUUUGGUCUAAAUGGCAUGAAUAAUUUUUAAUACCAAAUUACUUGAGGGAAAAAAUAUUUUGCUUUCACAUGCCAUUUUAUACCUAGGUUAAACUGGGAAUUUGAUGUUCAUUGUACAAUUAGGUAAAAUAAUGAGUAUCCCUGUGAAGAACCUACAUUAUCAGCGCCUAUGAGAAAGCAUUCCCAGCCUCACUAUCUUGGCCAUCCCUUGCAUAUUCUUCCAAGUCCCUUACUUUCCCUUUCUUGCCCAAACAUUGCAUUUCUAGGUAAAGAUAAAAGAAGAAGUCGUGAUGUCCUCAGAGGGGUUCAGAACUAUGUAGGGGUUCAGAACAAUGUAGCAUGGUCUUUGAUGAAAGCUUAGCCAUGGAGAAUAAUGGAGAAUGGUGCUGUGCUUGCAAGAUCACAAUCAGCAUUGCUCUUUGUGUCAAUGAAAAUUUUCCACAUGCCUGAAGUGGGGUACACCAUAGAGAGUUGGCAAAUUGUUCACAUGGGUAAUCCAGAAAUCACUUGGGGAUGGAGAGGUUGGUUGAAUAGCCUCAUUUCGUUCUGUUACAAUUAAAUUAGGGGAAAUGAUACUGAUCUACCUCCUAACAGCGUUUACUGGGUUAACUACUGACUAAAAGUAUGCGGAAAAUAGCCUUUGUAGUGUCCUAGUUGUGACUCAUGCCCUGUACUAACAUUUGCUUUCAGUGAGCAUGGAUGGUUUUGUCUCUACAAAACUGUUCUGUAUUAUGUUUUUAAUUCAAUGAGUGGUUAUUGCCAGAAUUCCUACCAAAAAAAAAAGCCUUUGCAGAGAUUUUUAUAUGAAGCUUAAUAGUUUAAGGAGACUAUAAACAUUUGCAUAACUAAAGGUACCUAAAAAACUCAAGGACCAUUGAUAAGUAAUGUAUCCCAAAGUGAACUGAUGCUUUAAAGGAGAACUUCAAACAACAAAUGAGCAAGUAGAAAUUUUUUUACACCUAUGUAAGCAAUUUCUGCCAACUUUCAUGUAUAUGUUUUAUGUUAAUCUAACCUUGUAAGAUUUUUUUUUGAUAAAUGAACAAGAAAUAGUGGUGGCAGUGAUCCAUAAAUAAUUCAUGUGACCCAUACUUCAUCAUUUUUCCUAAAUACCAAUGAUCUAGAAAGCUAUGUAUUGGUUUGGGGAAAAGCAAAAUUUAAUUAUCCAAAUAAAAACUAUUAUAAAGAGCUA